AUGAGUCGAAUGUCGUCGAAUUCUCACUCGAAAGCUGUCGAUUACGACAUUCAAACGGCAGACCCAGACAGCCGUGACCGCCCACGGGAACGCUUGCAGACGUGGAGAGGAUUUAAAUAUGCCUUAGACAACAAAGUAGCCGCCUUCGACAAGGAGACAAAAGCGCUUUUACGUGCAGUUGAAGAAGCUCGAGAAAAAGUACAAGAAGAGAAUUCAAAUGUAGAACAAGCUCAUAUAACGCUACAAGUAACAAUCAGAGGAUAUCGAAGUUCGUUCCAAGAUUUAGAAACAUUGUUUACGAACGAUAGAUGGGGAGAAUGCGAUAGCAUAGGUCCCAAGAUACGAGACCCCGCUAGUAAUGCAAUAAAGUGCGCCGACAACCAGCUAGCUGAACUGUUGCCUAAAAACCCUACCAAAACGACAGAACCUAUAAUAUCGACUUCCCACGACAACGAACCUACUCCUUCCACGAAAACCACGUCAAAGAGGUCAAGUCGUAGUUCCAGGAGUUCUCUAUUAGCGAUCAAGCUGAAGGCAAUGGCUGACGCAGCCGCGGAAAAAGAACAAGCAGAAUUCGACCUUGUGAUCGCGGAGAAAGAAAACGAAAUCAAGCUACACGAAGCGGCAGAGAAACAACGAAGCUUAGCCUUGAAAGCCCAACGCGAUCACGAAAUGGCAGUCUUGAAAGCCCAGCAACGUGCCGCUAUGGCAACAGCGAAGAUCAGCGCAAUCGAACAAUCGUUGUCUGAGGAGAAAAUGUCUAUGCGAGAUCCAAGAGGCAACGAUGGAGAUGAAGAACGCGUACGGCAGUGGGUUAAAGACCAAUAA